UAUUCUUUCUCUGUGUUCAUUCCAGUCUCAAGGUUUCAGGAGUUAGUGUUAUUUUCUGUAAUUGUAAUCAAGAUGAUGAAUCAUUCAAUUAUGUAUUUGAAUCGCAAAACAGGGAUGUUGCCUUUGCAAUUAUGCUGUGGUAAUGGAGGAUUAACGAAAGAUGGAGUCGUUGGUUCAACGACAGAAGCAGCAACAAUGGCGCCUGUCGUUGCAGGGUCGACCGCGCGCCACGAGCUCGCGCCCCUCCAACUGUCGCAACGAACGCAGCUGGAACCGAUUAAAUCCAAUUCCUUGUUGGCCUUAAAUCAGUUUGAUGAAUGGGAAAAACGAAGCGAGGACUCUGUCAUGGCGAGAAUGGGAUACAAUGCUUGUGGCUCCCUGCCCUGUUCUCAGGAGGAAAUCAUAGACGAGCUUGGGGAGGAAGAAGACUCACGAUCAGUUUCUAGGGGCUCCACGUCCCCGUUACCCAGCCCGACUUACCACAAGGACGCUUUACAUCAGGAGACAUUACAACUAUUUUUUGCCUUUUUCAUGGAAUACGCCUGCGGGGAGAAAGCUGCGCUUAAAAGACCUGGGCCGAUAGACGCCUACAACCGUAAAGCCCUGGACACGUUGCUGAGAGUGGGAGGCAGUGUGAUUGAGAAGCACAAACUCGCCUUUCAAGGUAUGCUUCAUAAAAUGCCUAUAAGAAGUUCAGAGGACCUGCACAUACUUUCUGACCUUCCUUCAAUGGUCUUCAGUGAUGGUAUUACAAACUGGGGCCGGAUUGUUACUUUAAUUAGUUUUGGUGCAUUUGUUGCAAAGCAUCUGAAGGACACGAACCAUGAAGACUACAUUUCAAAGCUUGCAGAACAGUUUACAGACUAUCUGAUGAUUAGCAAAAGGGAUUGGAUAGUUCAGCAAAAUGGAUGGGCAGGAUUUGUGGAUUUCUUUCACAUAGAAGAUUAUGAGGGUGGACUCAGAACUCUUUUGAUGGCAUUUGCAGGUUUUGCUGGAAUCAGUGCAAGUCUUGCAUAUAUGAUCAGAUGAACUGUCCUUUUCCUUUAAAGUCAAAACUAUUUGUCGCAUGAAUAGUUUUCCACAAAUACAAGCAAUUAGUGUGACUAUACAAUCUAUAAAGGAUUGUAUGUUAGCCUUGUGCUAGCUGGUAAACACCGAAAACUGUUUGCUUCCAGUGUCUUUCGAUAGACAGAGUCUGUGAUUGGGCUAGCCAGUCACACGGCGAGGAGGUGGUUAUUAGAGGUACAAUUUUUUUAAAGGGACAUAUUCAAAAACUUUUAAAGCUUCUGCACCCUUUUUUUCAGUGAGAUAUUUUUUUUUUUUUUUUCUCUAAAAGGUUUUCCAUAGCUACACACAAUUCAGAAAAUAGCACUUAACAGACUUCUGCAAUCAAACUACUGUUCUAUUGAUGUGUGACGUUAUGUAAAGCUUCAGACAUUUGAACAUGCAUUGUAUCAAAAAACAUUUUGUAAAAGUAGUAAUCUGUUAUACUUCAAAGUUUUUAGAUAUGUCCCUUUAAUAAAAUUGAUUUUGAUAACGUGCAAUCCCUUGUAUAAAAUAUAUAUUUGUAAUUUAAAAAUCAGUUUAUUUUAGAUAAUGUGCCACCAAAUUCGAAAACACACUUUGUAACUAAAUUGUAUAGAAAUAUUACUUGAAAACUUUUUUUUUUUUUUAAUUUUUAUGAGCUCAUUGUUAAAGUUAAUCUAUCAAAGCUAAGUCAUCUAAUUGGGGGCAUUAAGGAUCUGGGUUAUAUUAACCCUUUAGAGCUGCUAAGCCUGUGGUUUUCUAUUUAUGCCUAAUUAAUCACAUACUGCGUACAUGCUAAAGGGGACUACCGUCAUAAAAUAAAUAUCUGACAGACCUUUCCAGUCCAUAAGCCAACAUAACGAGCCUGGUUAUACGCCUCUAAAGUAUGAUGAAUGUCUCAUUAAUUUUCAACUUUCUUAGCUUUGCGUCUUUCAUUUGGAGAACCUCUGUUUUAAGAGGUUAUUGUUGGCUGUAUGAAUGCUCCAUGAUGUUUUUUUCAGGUCCAGUCCCUAAGUACCCAUAACAGACUGAACACAAGAGGUAAACACCAGGACUGAGCCACUUAUCAAGCAGGGAAGAAUCUGGUCUGUUAAUGGUGUUUAAAGGCUUGAGUUAAACUCUACCCUGUAGAAUUGGUAUGAACGCUGUUGUUUUAACCAAUGUUAUAUUCAAUUUUCAAUAAAAAAAAUUAUAUUUUG